ACUGUUUCAGUGCAAGUUUGAUCGUCCGUCAGCACACUUGGCUCGAUCUUGAUCAAGCGAAUUCGUUUCUAUUUUUGUCUGCUUUUGGGUUUCGUGACUCAUACUUUGUAACGAAAAGUAUUUUUUUCUAGUGAAGAUGGACGUGGAAAACAAUCUUGAAAUGUCACCCAAAGUUGAGCCUAAAACUGCUCAGAUCAACCCAGCAACGGGCGAGGUCAUCCCGAACGUCAACACGUACCAGCAGAAGAAGAACCUGGCCCAGGGCAUGAUGGACCUGGCGCUGGUUUCGGCCAACGCCAACCAGCUGCGGUACAUCUUGGAGUCAUUCGCGCGGCAUCCGUACUACUACUUCAGCUUGAUCUUCAUUUCGGUCAGCUUGGUCAUUCAGGUGGCCGUGGGCAUUGGGCUGAUUCUGAACAGUCGGUACGACAUCAACGACAAGCAGCAGAUUUGCAAGGCGAACAAAAUCAACGACUAUGUGACGAUCGGGAUCUUUCUGAUAACGCUGGUUAAUGUGCUGAUAUCGGCGUUUGGAGUGGCGCCACAAGUGAAUUAAAAUAAGUUUCGAUUUAAGGGAGUGAUUGUGAUAAGUUUUACUUAAUGACUUUAGUUGAUAGUUGACCUGACAUUUAUUUUAUUAGUAACUAUAAGAUACUAACUUGUUUUGUUCUUGAAAAUAAAGUUUUAUUAAACUCUUUUCAAAAAAUUAGCUGUGUUAA